GGCCGGGCCACCGGGACGGACACCGCUCCGCCCGCACCCGGAGGCGGCCGCGUGCGGAUUUCCCACCCAGAGCAUAACCUGCAGUAGCAGAACAAAUCAGGCCAGUCAGCAAGCUGCCAAGUCCCGUGGGCUCCUUGUCAAGGAGAACAGCUGGACCCAUUUCUAAUCAACGUUCAACACUCCACCUUUGGAUUGCUGAAGGAGACCAGGCCAGACUCUGAAACUUUCCAAAGGCUUCCAAUAGCCCCUGAAUGCAAAAGACAAAGGGUGUCACGUUCACCCAAGAAGUCUACAUUUAAACCUCUAUCCCUAGCAUGGAUGAUGGUUAUUGAAACAGCCCAAACCUCUAUCACAGUGAAAGGAAUAUAGCUCAAGAGGCAAGCAGGCAGUCCCAGAACCGAGGAAUGGAUGACUACAAAUAUCAGGACAACUAUGAGGGCUAUGCCCCCACUGAUGGCUACUAUCGUGGCAAUGAGUCCAAUCCAGAAGAGGAUGCCCAGAGCGAUGUUACGGAAGGCCACGAUGAAGAAGACGAGAUCUACGAAGGCGAGUACCAGGGCAUCCCUCACCCAGAUGACGUCAAGGCCAAGCAGGCCAAGAAGGCGCCCUCCAGGGCAGAUGGUCUUCGGGGCCAGGCAGACCUGCUGGCCGAGCGGAUGGAAGACGAGGAGCAGCUGGCGCACCAGUACGAGACCAUCAUUGAUGAGUGUGGCCAUGGACGCUUCCAGUGGACCCUCUUUUUUGUUUUGGGUUUGGCCCUGAUGGCUGAUGGGGUGGAAGUGUUCGUGGUGAGUUUUGCCCUGCCCAGUGCCGAGAAGGACAUGUGUCUCUCUAGUUCCAAGAAAGGAAUGCUUGGGCUGAUAGUCUACCUAGGAAUGAUGGGGGGAGCCUUUGUCCUGGGGGGCCUGGCUGAUAAGCUGGGGAGGAAGCGAGUCCUCAGCAUCUCCCUGGCCAUCAACGCUUCCUUUGCUUCCCUCUCCUCCUUCGUGCAGGGAUAUGGAGCUUUCCUCUUCUGCAGACUCAUCUCAGGCAUAGGUAUUGGGGGUGCUCUGCCCAUCGUGUUUGCCUAUUUUUCUGAAUUCUUGUCCCGGGAGAAGCGAGGAGAGCAUCUCAGUUGGCUGGGCAUCUUCUGGAUGACUGGUGGCAUCUACGCAUCUGCCAUGGCCUGGAGCAUCAUCCCGCACUACGGUGCUGUAGCAGAGGCCAAGAAGUUGGUUUCCAACAUUAAAACUCCCAAGCAAAUGGAUGAAUUCAUUGAGAUCCAGAGUUCUACAGGAACUUGGUACCAGCGCUGGUUAGUCAGAUUCAAAACCACUUUCAAGCAGGUCUGGGAAAAUGCUCUAUACUGUGUGAUGGGGCCCUACAGGAUGAACACUCUGAUUCUGGCUGUGGUCUGGUUUACCAUGGCUUUAAGCUACUACGGGCUGACAGUCUGGUUCCCUGACAUGAUCCGGUAUUUUCAAGAUGAAGCAUACAAGUCCAAAAUGAAGGUGUUUCACGACGAGCAUGUGUACGGUGUCACAAUCAACUUCACGAUGGAAAAUCAGAUUCACCAGCACGGGAAACUUGUGAAUGACAAGUUCACAAAGAUGUACUUUAAACAUGUACUCUUUGAGGACACGUUAUUUGACGAGUGCUAUUUUGAGGAUGUUACAUCGACUGAUACCUAUUUCAAAAACUGCACCAUUGAAUCGACCAUCUUUUAUAACACAGACCUUUAUCAACAUAAGUUCAUCAACUGUCAUUUUAUCAACGUCACCUUUCUGGAGCAGAAGGAGGGCUGCCACAUGGACUUAGAGCAGGACAACGACUUCCUGACUUACCUCGUCAGCUUCCUUGGCAGUCUGUCUGUCUUGCCGGGGAACAUCAUUUCUGCCCUGCUCAUGGACAGAGUCGGAAGGCUCAAGAUGAUUGGUGGCUCCAUGCUCAUCUCGGCCGUCUGCUGCUUCUUCCUGUUUUUCGGCAACAGCGAGUCUGCAAUGAUCGGCUGGCAGUGCCUGUUCUGCGGGACCAGCAUUGCUGCCUGGAACGCGCUGGAUGUGAUCACAGUGGAGCUGUAUCCCACCAACCAGAGGGCAACAGCCUUUGGCAUCCUCAAUGGAUUAUGCAAAUUUGGCGCCAUCCUGGGAAACACCAUCUUCGCUUCUUUCGUUGGGAUCACCAAAGUGGUCCCCAUCCUUCUGGCGGCCACUUCUCUUGUUGGGGGUGGCCUGAUUGCUCUUCGACUGCCAGAGACUCGAGAACAGGUCCUGAUGUGAACCAUCUACUGGGGAAAGGAAAUGUUGGAAAAACCUCGUCUGGGAACCUCAACUGUGCCCACACUUCCUGUUUGUCACUGUCCAGCGGACACCUGGAUAGCGCAGGAGGAAAAGUUGAAUUUGUGACCCCUAGUUUAGCACCCAUUUCAGCUGUCUAUAUGUUUGUAACUCAGGUGACUGAUUCAGGGGUUUCCUGAGCUGUCCUCCCGUAGAAUCCCAGAACUCCAUGCUUGGCUUCUAGUGUCCCCAGCCCAAGGGGGAGAAUACCCUCGAGUGGGAGGACAGACUAAGCGAGGGGUGUGUAUUUCUGCAAGUGAGGUACAAGGACUUUCUUGCAUUUCAAAAUGAACUUGAGAAACACGCAAGUUCCUCCGUAAAGUUCCUCGGAGCCCAAGGACUUAACAAAUUGACUUGGCGGGGAAGUUGAGUCAUCAUCUGAAUACUGAAGUACAUACGAUACAUAUAUUUUUGCAGUUAAAGUGUCACUCCUCAUAGAUUCCAUUUGAAAAUUGGCACAAUAGAAUUGAAGAUACUCUGAUAUAGGAAACCAAAUAUUUGAGCAAUAUCUGUAGAAAUCUAUGUUACCCCCUCCAAGAGUCCUAAGUUUUCCAUGAUGAUUAGGGGGUAAAUUGAAGAAUAAUAUUUAUUCCUAUUUUGAGUCAAAAACACUUAAGGGGAUAGGCAUUCUGUAAACUAACUUUGUACAUAAUUGUCUUUGGGUUUCAUUUGCAGAAAUGGUGUCUGCAAGUAUUUGCCAGCAUUUAGCCAUAUUUGGAGAGGAGUUGGUGUUUGAGGUCCCAGGAAAUUGGGGCUGAUGGAGUGAAGUGGAAGCACAACUUCUUAUAGCCAUUUAACUUGCUGGCAGGAGGAUGCACUUCACGAACUCACGUUGCACUGUUCAUUUCAUUCAGGCUCUUUUCUUCUUGUGAGGGAGAAGUUAUUUCCUCUCUCACACAGACCGCUGGUUAAACGCAAGCUCACCAUUAUCCAUCCUAGCAUUUGAUGUGCCUGCUCACCUGGAAGCGACAUGGGAAGUGUUCUGUGGCUUCUGCCAUCUUCUUUGUAGGCAAGAAUAAGACGCGGUGGACAGCGUUGGGGGUGGAGGGAGGGGUGGGGAAAUGCAGCUGCAGGCCUUCAGAGUGUGAACUUGGCAGUGAAACACGAUCUGUGUUUAUUACAAUGGUCAGAGCCCAUGAAAAAUCUCCUCUGUGCAUCUCGGUUCUGCUUCUUUUUUACGCAGACAUUGGCAUGGAGGUUAGGGAGUGCAGGGCUUGUCAUAUAUGUUUUUCUUCAGUCCUCACAAGGAACAUUUUCCUGAGAUCUAGUAUGAAAUGUGAAUGGGGGUGGGGUGGGGGUGGGGUGAGGAGCUCAGGACAAACUGCUUUGGCAAAGGUUGGUAAUAGAUUGAAGUCUUGAAUCCAUUGAAAAAGAACAACCAUUUCACCCAUCAGAACUGUCUUGCAUGGAAGGGACUGUGAGCUAUAAGCCCUGGGUCCCUGGAGAUGAACCCUGAGGCCAAAUGGACCUCAGUCCUCAAGAACCAGUCCUUUGAUUUGUGAUGAUUUCAAUUCUAUAAAGUGCCAGGCUUUCACUACCAGAAACCUCAAAAAUUUAAAGAAGAAUAGAGAUGGCUGUGUUGAGUUUAUUUUCUGUUUUGGAGAAACACUUAGGUCCUGUGAUAGCUUCCAGCCAUCCUUUGGUUAUUCUCUGGAGUAGAAGGUGGAGAGGAGAAAAAGUAUAUUCCUGGCACCUCUCUAUCCUGGAUCUGAGAUCAGUUUUAAUAAUUAAAAGGUUUUCUUUGCUCUCUUGCCCACUGAUAAUUGAAUCACCAUUUUUUCUCUGUUCAGGGAAGAAAGAGGCAUCAACUCUGGUUUGAUAUCCUGACUCCCCCAAAUGUGUAAAUGUAACAUUGUGUAUUAGUGUUUCUCUCAGUUCGUUACAGGAGUUACCUAACAUCAAUGCUACAUCAAUAAUGAGAGGAUCAAUGUAACAUAGUUGUAAUAUACUUGCUUGUGAUACAAAAUACGCUGGCUUGGUUCAUAAAAGAGAACGGUGUAAACUGGGAUUACUACAUCCUUAUAACAUGAUUUUUUCAGUGGGAUACUAUAAUUUGAUGAACAGUUACUGCUUAAGAAAUUUAUAAGGCAGCAAAAGCCUGCAUUUCUAGUUAGGAUGGAUCUUGUAAAUCUAAAGCCCGAUUCAUUUUUGAGCGUUGGGAUGGCUGCGAUGAUUUGGGGUAAACUCCAUUUGAUUCCCAAGUUCUCAAUUCUGCAUUAUCCUCAUGGCUCCGUACACCAACCGUCUAGCCAACCAAGGGCAAUGCCCAUCCCAUCCAUCACGCAGGCCUUUGUAAAGGUACAGUCAUUCUCUGCAGCCUUUUCCCAUGAAAGAUUAUCUGGCACUGGGACCUGGCCACUUCUUAAAUGCUGUCACUCCUGCUGAGAUAAAUGCGUCUUUAAAAAUAGUCCCUUUGGCAGGUCAUUGGGGGAUAACGUACAGCAUUCCUGGCCAGGCGCUUCUUUUUCAUUUCACAUUCUGCCCUGAGAAACUCCCUAUGGCAUUCUUGGAGAAUCAGAAGGAUGAGGCUGUCCCUCAUUGAGCAAAUCUAUUCACAGUUCGUGAUGUAUUUUAUGAUGCCCAGUUUGGGAGGCGAUGCUUUUAAUGGUCUCAGCUAUAUUAUGUCAUCUCGUGAUGCUGAUUUCUCGAUCUUUUGUUUUACUGGAAAUAAAUAGUGAAAGGGGUGUGCCUACUUGUGACGUUUAUAGCACACGACCCUGAGGUCAUGUAAUAAAUAACCCCUUUCCCAGGGUUUCCUGGCACCUUGUAUUAGUUCAUUAAAAAUAAUAAUAAAAGUAAUUGUAAACAAACCU